AUGCCUCCUUCUGAACAGUAUCUUGUUUCUGAACUAAAUUGGUCAUUAUUGUGCUGUAGGUUUUCUCUAAAGAGUUUGUUUAAUGUCCAUACAGGCCUUUUGUCUCAGCUGGGUCGGAGUGGAGAGAAGCCCUACGCGCCUUUGAAUCUGGUAGCAGAUUUUGCUGGUGGUAGUCUUACUUGUGCUCUGGGGAUCAUCUUAGCCCUGCUGGAGCGCACAAAGUCGGGGAAAGGACAGAUCAUUGACGCUAGCAUGGUGGAAGGAGCAGCAUUUACAGGUUCGUUUUUAUGGAAGUCUCGUAAACUUGGUUUGUGGAGUCGCCCCCGGGGAGAAAAUUUGUUGGACAGCGGAGCUCCCUUCUACGACACGUACAAGACUCUGGAUGGAAAAUACCUGGCUGUGGGCGCCAUAGAAACAGAGUUUUACAACCAGCUGCUUAAGGGCUUAGAAUUAGACGCUGGAGAGCUGCCUCCUCAGAUGAGUUUCAGCGAUUGGCCGGAGCUCAAGCAGCUCUUCACAGAGCGCUUCGCCUCAAAGACCCAGGCGGACUGGUUGAUGAUCUUUGACGGAACCGAUGCCUGCGUCACACCUGUGUUGUCUUUGGACCAGGUGAGCUCUCACCCUCACAACCGAGAGAGAGGCUCUUUCAUGAAGGACUCCAGCGGGGAGGAGUUCCCCCGGCCAGCUCCGGUUCUGUCUCGGACUCCCGCUGAGCCCUGUCUCGCUUCCGACCCGGCAGUGGGAGAACAUACGGUCGAGGUCCUGCUGGACUACGGCUACACUUCAGCAGAGAUAGACGAGAUGUUGGCAGCCGGCGUUGUGCAGUGCAGUGCUGGCAAGGCAAAGCUGUAGGAGAAGGUAUCAGUAGAUCUUUGAUGGUCAAGCUGAAAAACGGAAAGGGGGAAAUUUUAUUUUAGUCAUUUCAGUGAAGAUGAAAAAUUAAUUAUUGUGUGUAAGAGCCACAAAACAUUAACAAAAGGCAGGGAAGACUUUUUUUUGCGUUUGAGGCUGAAUCUAGGCUGAACUUCCUGAGUAACCUGACAUAAACACUCUCACUUGUGAAGCGAGUGUGUCUCGACUUAAUGGUGUUAAGGGCUAGGCACUGUUCCCAUAGGUUACCUGGAUAUCUCUUUAGUUUUUUUUUGUUCUAUAAUUGAAAAUAAAUAUGCUAUUCUACAGCUAUACCUCACUUUUUAUUGCCUCUCUUACCUCACGCCGUCCUGAUGGCUGAUGUAUUACCCAGCGCAGGGUCAAAACAUGCCAAAAGAGAUUUGUGGGCCCGGCCUGAAAGACCGUAAAGCGGCAACAACACAAAUAAAUAGAAAAAUUUUUUUUUUUUUUCUCUGGUGUUCUCUUUGAGCUUCUAGGUUUGUCAUCCUAAUGUGUGAUGUCCACCUACUCUGUCUGCGUUAUGCAGCAGGUCUCGGUAUCAGAUCCGUUGCAGAUUUAUUGUCCUCUCAAAACCAAUUUAGAUACAGCAGAUACUGAACUUCUCCACUGAAGUAGGACCAUUGUUACAAUGGACUGACUGUGCUAUAAUUAGAAGAAUGUAUCUGUUUUUUUUUCUGGAGCUGAAUUGAUUGAUUGGAUUGAUUUUAUCAAAUGUUUUGAUCUGUAAUUAUUUAAAUUUAGAGAUGUGUAGUCAUUUUAUUGUCUGCAUCACUUAUUUUUUGCUAAAGUCACCAGUUUGUUUAACCUAAUUGAUUGUUUUUAACUCAUUGAUGAUUCUCAUAGAAUUACUGUCAAUGUUAAAAAAAGGAUCUCUUUUUUGUGUUAAUUGUUUGACACCAGAAGUUUAAAUUUAUACAAUGGAGAACAUCACAAAUAAAACAAAAAUAUAUCAUUCAAAU